UUCACCAAAAUAACGAAUUUGUUUAUCGAGCGAGAAACACCCCAAUCGUUCAGGUUUGCAAUCUUUUACCAUUCCGGAAGGUACUGGUCCGAAAAAGUGAGUUUCUAAGCGAGGAAAAAUGGCCCAACCGUACGUGAUUCGGGUGAUGGAAGAGAUGGGCAUCGGAUCCGACGGUGGAUUCAUUCCGAUCGCCAACGACGAAAACCGGAAACUGUUGGAUUACGUGAAUCGGUUGGGGGAUCGGAAAACGGCCCACGCCAACAAGGUGCAAGCGAGUGACCAGCGAAUUUCGAACCUGAGGGGCCAUCUGAAGAAUGCCAAAGUGGAAUUUGAUCAAAAUUUGAAUCUCCUCGCGGCGGACAAAAGUCAGGUGGACACCGAACAUGGGCUGCUCAAGCUGUCGGAGAACGAAAGUGGUCGGCUGCGAACCCUUCGCAAGGAAAUGGAACACCAGAAAAGCGAACUCGGAUGUCACGAUGAGCGGGCACAAAAGGAACUAAAACGGUUGGCUGCCAACAUGGAACGUUUCACCGAGCGAAUCAAAUGGGCGAAAGCUGCGCUGACCGAGUGGCAGGAGGUGAUGGAGAAUGGCGAGGAAACGAACAAGCUGAUCGCCAAAUACUGCAAGUUGGACACCUUCCGAGCGGAAACCCUGGAUGCACGACGCAAAAUUCUCGAAGACAAGGUGGCGAAAAGGCGCAUUGUACUGGUAAACUUGGCCGAGGAAUACCGCUCGUUGGAACAGGUGCUGGAACGAACAUCGCAGUUGUACCGCCAAGCGCACAUCGAACGUCGACACUUGGUACUGACAUGGAAGGAAGCGGUGAAGCAUAUGAAUCAAAGAGAGGAAGAUAUUAAAGAAGUGGAAAGGGACGUUGAAUACGCUCGAGAGGUGAGCGAUAUGUUGAAUGAAAAUUUGAAGGCACAAACUGAGUUCCUGGAGGAACAAGAACGGAACAAUCGAAUUAUCGAAAUCGGAAUAGCAGACUUGAACGUGGAGGUUUCGAAACUGAGGAACCGAAUGACUAUGCUAACAGAUUCCGUUCAAUUGAAGACUAACGAGUAUCAAGUUGUGCGUAAAACGGUGCAGAAUUUAUCAAACAAACUAACAGGAAUGAGGAACAAGAACAGACAGGCUCUCAAGGAGGAGGCUGACAAACAAAAGCAGACUCAUGAAAAUUUGCGUUUGCUGGAAGCUUUGAAGGAUAAACUGGAGAAUUUCAAAAACAAAAAUUUGUGUGCUCAAGAGCGACUUCGGCAGGUAAAUGAAAUCAUUGACCAGGAAGAGAAGACGAUGAAGGCUUUAAAUUAUGAAACAACCAGAUUAUCUUCAGCACUGUAUAGAGCACAGACACAGCUGGUUGGUUUUAAAGAUGAGGAAUCGUUACUGCAAGUGGAGCUGCAGAGUUUGGAUACCGGGAUCGAUAAGAUCAGAGCUGCAAUGCGAAAUCAAGAGAAGGAAAUCAUACGCCAAACAGAAAUAUCAUACAAUGUCGACUACAGCAUUGAAAAGGUGGAGGAAAGAAUCGCAAAUAUGAAGGGAGAAGAUAAACAAGAGGGUGCUAAUCUAUCGCAUGCCAGGUUAGCUCAGGCAGAAGCGAUAUUGUUGGGGAAAAAGCAAAAUUAUGCAUUACUUCAGACGCAAAUUUCCAAAAUUAAUAUCGAUUUUCGUCAUUUGGAUGUGAUUUAUCAACAAGAUUGCGCCGAAAUCGAGCGUAUUAUAGGAAAGUUGAAAGAAAAAACACUGAUUGUUGAAGGUGGAGAGAAGAAGUUGAAGCAAUGUACAGUUGAAAACCAGGAAAGAUUGGUGGAAAAGAGCUUGCUGAAAAUGCGCAUUCAACAGAUGGAAAAAAAUUUGGACAAACAGAACGAUAAACUCUAUACACUCGAGCGUCAUCGCAUGGAACUGGAAACGGCUAUCAAUGAGCGACUUAUAGAUAUUCGUUCGCAAAAAGAUUGUUUACUACUUAAGAAGAAAUAUCUCCAAGAAGAAAGAGCACAGCUGAAGGCCGAUAUUACUGAGCGAACCAUGAAAAUAGAGCAACUGAAAAAUCGAUAUGAUCUGUCGUUGGAUUUAUUGGGAAAGAAUGAUGAUGGUUCAAUUGUAACGGCUACCCAAAUAAAAAUUCAAAACGCUCAGGAAAAGUACAUGCUUUUACGGCAAGGAAGUGAACUAAACGUUAAAAUUCUUCGUGCUGAGGAAGAUUUGAAAGCAUUGGAAAACACGUUGAAAUUGAUGAACUUUUCAAAUGAUAGCUAUAAAAGAGGGUUCCAGAAAAUGGACGAGGAUAAUCCGGAUAUCCAACAGAUGAACGUAAUCCAGAAUGAUUACUGCAAAGCACUGGCUGCUUUGAAGAACGUUCGAGCCGAUUUGGCACACAAUACGGAAAACCUACAUGAUUUAAACGAACAGAGCGAAGCAAACGAUAAAGCGUUGGAGGCGGUCCAAAAAACGCGGUUGGAUAACAACGAUGUUUUGUUGAAGAUACAGAAGGAAUUGCUGGAUCAGAAGACAAAAAUACAACGCGCCGAGCGUGAACUUCGACUAGCGAUCAAAGCGGCCAAAGCAAAGACCAAUGACGAAGAUCUGCUGUUGACGUUCCAGAAAGAUUUGAACCUGAAGGAGGUCGAAGAGCGAAACAAUAUGGCCACCCAGCAGUUGGCGGAUCUGUUGUCGUUUGCACCGGAACUAAUCCCAACGGUUAAUAAAUAUUUCAACGAGAAAGGGCUUCGACUGCCGGUGAUUCGUCGGUCUAAGAGUCAGAUAUCGUGGCACAGUGACAUUUCACCGGUUUCCGAUUACAGCGGUCACGUCGAGAGCGUUUCUUCCAAGCUGAUGACAAAAACGACUGUAGGGUCUGCCUCCACACAUUCAUCGGAUUCUUCGGAUAAUAUAGCUAAAUCGUUCGACAAUCGCAUGAGUGCUGGGCUUUCGGUGAUACUGAUAGACUUUCCGGGAUCGAACUCGAAACAGAGAUUGAGCAAGAAAUAACAACUUUCUUGGAGCACUAUUUCUUUCAGAUUAAACGCUAUUAAAACCAAUACAACAUGCUAUAGGAUUAUUAUCAUUUUAUACUGACGAUUAUCAUCAAAUUUUAUUCGCUUGCAAUUUUUUGUACAACAGAACCACACACGCGGCUUUCGAACGUGUGAUAGUUAGGUAAAAACUAGUAGUAUUCUUCCGCUUAUAGUCCUUUCUUAGCACUAGGAAACAAACAUAAAAAGAGUUGAACGUUCACAUUCAGUUGUUUAUCGUGUGGUAUUCUGUAUCUUUGUUUUUCCUUUAAUUUUAUUUUGAGUGACCACGAAGAAUUUUCCGAGUUCCAUCAAUAUUUUCGUUUAUUGAUACAAGUAAAUAUGUGUUUGCUGCUAAACUUGUUCAUAACACAUCCUACUGCUUAUGUGAAAUAUACCGAGAAACACAUUAUAGCUCAAAAUAAAUUCAAGGGUAAAUAUGACCCUUUCAACUAACCACACACACAUCUCUUAGGCUUAAGCUAGGCUAGGUCUACAUUACGUGAAUGGAACUGACUUGCAGUUUUUAUUGUUUUGCCUUGAUUAUUCGAACAACAACUGCGUACAUAAGAUCUUCUGAAUAAUUUAAUCACGUUACGCUGUCCGAGAAAAUGUACAAUGUACAUAUCACUAAUUCGUUAGUAGAUUUUUUUUCUUUUCUUGUUGAGUGGUAUCCUAAUGUCAAACCGACAAGACUACUUUUGUUAAAUUUCCAACAUAGUACAAGUGUUUCUUUGUCUUCUCCUAUUUUCAAAAAGAUUAAAUGCAAAUGAUUUCUUUACCUUUGUUACGAUGCUGUACAAGUUAAGGUUUUUUUUCCUACCAUCAUCUCUAAGUUUUGUCAAAAGCGAUUAACUUGAUUUACGUUACAAAUGUAGCUCAGAAAAAUGGUAAUCUGAAUUUGAAACAGUUAUUUGUUUGGAUCCUGUGACAGGUUUAAAAUGGUUUUCAUUUGAUAGAGAAUUAAGAAACAUCGUAUAAGAUGUUGAAGCUACUUUAUCGCGGUUACUAGAACAUAAGAUUCUACUUUCUUCAGGAAUUGGGAGAUUGCACUAUUGGUAGGUUAUUCUAUACGACGGGGUUAAACAUGUUGAGGUUAUUUUCUACAUCAGGAUAUAAUUUGGCUAUUUCAAGUAAUAGAGGUAUAAGUUCAAGG